AUGGCAGAGGUCAUUGCUGGAGUGGGCGUACUCGGCGCCGUAUCGAGCGUCCUACAAAUCGUUGACUUCACGUCUAAACUGGUCUCGCACGCGCGAGAGCUGUAUUCUGCUGACAACCACGCCUUGCGCGAGAACGUCGAGAUCGAGGGACUUGCUCGCCAAUACGAGCUUUUGACGGAACCUGCGACAGAGCUAGAGCGUGCGAUACCCGACGCGAGUAAGCGUACCAGGGAGCAGCAGAAUCUCGUCGAGACGGGCAGUCGAUGCAGGCAAGAGGCCAAAGAGCUCCUGAAUAUACUACAAAAUCUUGAAGUCGGUCGGGCUCUAGGUCGCUGGGCACGAAUCAAAGAAGGCACCAAGCAGGCUGUACAUUCCCUGCAAGCACGCAAGGAUAUCGAGGAGCGACGUAAACGGCUAAAUGAGAUCAGUGUGCAACUGUCGACUGCUAUACUCCAGACAAGACCUACGCAGUACACAGCCAUCCUCGACCAUCUGCAUUUCCCUGACAUGCAGCUUCGUGAUGACACAAUUUCGGCCGCUUAUCCAAAUACUUAUCGAUGGGCACUGGAAGAUGACAGCAUGAAACUCAAGCCCUGGCUGCAAAAUGAGGAAGGCAUCUUUUGGAUCACUGGAAAGCCUGGCGCAGGCAAGUCUACGCUGAUGAGGUACAUCAUAAGCGCACGAAACACGCCGGUGCUGCUACAACAAUGGGCUGGAAGCUCUGAGCUUGUCCUCGCGAGCUUUUACUUCUGGUAUCUGGGGUCAGCGAUGCAGAAAAGUAUUGAAGGUCUUAUGCGGAGCAUCUUAUACCAGCUUAUCAAAGCUAUGCCUCCAGUGGCUGGCAGGAAUCUUUGGACUCGUGGGAAGCUUUUGCGAGCCAUCAACGAUGUGAUCCGGAUCGGUUCUAAAGAUGGCGACGGCUUCCCCACCAAGAAGUUCUGCUUCUUCGUAGACGGCCUAGACGAAUAUGCUGGCAAUCAGCUGGACAUCAUCAAGCUAUUCGAAGGCCUUACUCGAGACAGUGGCGUCAAGCUCUGCUUGUCCAGCAGACCCUGGACUUCGUUUCGGAGAGCUUUCGAGGCUUGCUGUCCCUAUAUUCGAUUGGAGGACAUUACGAGAGGGGACAUAAUGACCUAUGUGCACGGUCACAUCCGUGAGGCGUAUGGUGAUAGUCGGCGGCUGCUUGGGCCACACGAUGAUGUUUCGAUAGACCUGGACGAAGUGGAUGCGCUGGUUGACGAUAUCGUCAGCAAAGCUGAAGGCGUCUUCGUCUGGGUAUUCUUAGUGGUCGCUUAUGUCGAGAGAGGUCUAGCGGAAGACGACCCACCAGCCAUGCUUCGUCAACGCGUUGAGCACUUUCCUGGGGACUUGGAUCAGCUUUUCGAUGAACUCAUAUUCGACAGAAUCGAGCAUGUCUAUCUCAAACAAACGUGUCAAGCAUUGCAGCUGGCAGUGUUCCAUGCCGGAAACAGGAAGGGGCGCGAUUAUGGCAUGCCCGACGGUCGGGGUAUGGCUUGA